AUGAGAUCUCUCUGCUACGUGACUUUCCUGGCCAUCUUGUCCAUCACAGACGUGCAGUUAUGUGCAUCGGUGCGCCUCUUGGCUGAAAGUCCAAAUGGUUCGCCACCACUUCCUCAUGCCGUUCUGCCGGUGAACAUCCCUCACGAGGUUCCGGGGAACCUACCAGGUGCACCUCUGCCACUUCCUGUCGCCGAAAGGCCGGCAAACAUUCCUCGCGAAAUUCCAGGGAACCUACCCGGUGCACUGACGGCGCUUCCUACUGUCGGCGGACCGACCGACAUCCCCGUGCAUAUCCCUCACGAAAUUCUGAGGGCCGCUGAAAGGACGGCAAACAUCCCGACCAACCUCCCCGAGAAAAUUCCGGGGAACCUGCCAGGUGCGCCACCGCUGCUUCAUCCUGACAUCCCGGCCAACCUCCCGGUGAACAUCCCCGACAAAAUUCCGGGGAACUUGCCACGUGCACCACCGCUGCUUCAUCCCGACAUCCCGCCCAAUCUCCCCGACAAAAUUCCGGCGAACUUGCCAAGUGCGCCACCGCUGCUUCAUCCUGACAUCCCGCCCAACCUCCCCGUGAACCUCCCCGACAAAAUUCCGGGGAACCUUCCAGGUGCAUCUCCGCCGCUUCCUCCUGCCGGCCUACCAGUGAAUAUUUCAACCAACCCACCCGUGAAUAUUCCUAACAAAAACCCAGGGAACCUACCAAGUGCACCGCCAGUACCAUUUCCUCCCGCUAGCCUGCCGGCGAACAUCUCGGCCAACCUCCCGGCGAACAUCCCUGACAAAAAUCUAGGGGACCAACCAGGUGCACCACCAUCGCUUUCUUCCGCUGUUCUACUGCCGAACAUCCCAGCAAAUCUCUCUCUGAACAUCACUAACAAAAUUCCAGAGAACCUGUCAGGUGCACUGCCGCCGCUCAGCUUGCCGGCUAACCUACCCGUGAACAUCUCGGGCAAUAUUUCGGGGAACCUGGCAAGUGCACCGAUGCCGCUUCACCCCACUAGCUUGCCUGCAAACAUCUCGGGCAACAUUUCAGGGAACCUGCCAAGUGCACCGGCGCCGCUUCGUCCCACUAGCUUGCCUGCAAACAUCUCGCGCAACCUCCCUGUGAACAUUUCAAACAACAUUCCAGGGAACUUCCAUGUGAACAUCUCGGGCAACAUUUCGGGGAACCUUACAGGUGCAUCGAUGGCGCUUCCUCCUGCUAGCCUCCCGGCACACAUCUCGGACAACAUUCCGGGGAACCUCCCCAUCAAUAUCUCAGGCAACAUUUCUGGGAACAUUUCGGGGAACCUACCAGGUGCGUCAGCGCCGCUUCCUCCCACCGUCCUGCCGGCGAACAUCCCAGGCAACCUCCCUAUGAACAUCUCCGACAACAUUCCAGGGAACCUCCCCGCAAACCUUCCAGGGAACGUACCGGUAAACCUCCCUGCCAACGUGCCGCCUGGGAUGCUUGCCAAUGUGCCACCAGGGAUGUUAGCCAAUGUGCCACCAGAGAUGCUUGCCAACCUCCCCGCCAAUGUGACACCAGAGAUGUUGUCCAAGAUCCCACCUGAGGCGUGGGCCAACGUUCCACCAGGCCAGCUACCUCCGAACGUGACACCAGAUAUGCUUGUCACCCUUGCCGCCAUGAAGCAGCAGCAGCCUGCUGCUGCCGGGGGUGGUGAGAAAGGUGUUGCAGCAGCGGCAGCAGCCGGCCUGCCGCUCCCCAAGAUGCCGGACUUCUCGGGGCUGGCGAAAAUCUCGUUCCCGCCGAUGCCGUCAGCAACUUUGCCAAAGGUGCCACAGAACUUCACGUUCUUUGGAUUCGACGUGGAGAUCCCCAAGUUUAUCAACAAGAUGGUUAACGGGCACAGCGAAUCCUGAAGCUAGGGAAGCAACGAUUGACGGUGAGGUCUUCUUUUUGUCUGGUGGUGCAUGCAU